AUGUCUCAUGAGGCAACGAAACCAGGCCCCAGAAGUGCUAAGAUGGAAAUGACUCCUCAACUCUUGCUUGUGAUCGGCAUGGCCAUGAUGGUGAGUGGCAGUGUAUACGAUGAGUUCGAACAGUGGGAUCCCACCCAUUGGGUCGUGAGAAGCACUGCCCUCGUGGAAUUGCCUUGCUACCACCAAAGAUACUAUCCAUUCAACAACUUAGACAGGAUAGAAAAGGUUGUAUGGAUACUACCCAAACAAAUGUCCUACCUACACAUGAGCCCGGGAAACGAGUCCGAGGGAUGGAAGGUGUUGGACAGGGCUAAGAAUUACACAAUUGUCAUUGAAAAGGUAAAAAUGAAUGUACCGGAUACGGUGAAUGGCAUGUACUUGUGUGCCGCAUUAGCGCAGGUCGCCCCUCCAGUAGGAAAUAACAAAACGUACGCGUGGUUCUACCUGCGAUGGGGUGUCGGUCUUUACGCUAACGUACCCGCCAACAUGGAGGGCACCAUCCCCCAAAGGCAAUGCUAUCACCGCUCCAAUAUCAACCUGCGACGACGGUACUAUCGGCCUUUCACGUACGCUUGGAUCGCCGCCCUCGUGGCAAUCAUCGCCUUUGGGCUCUUCGCGGCCACGGUUCACUUCCGCUAUAAGGGCGGUCCUGUUGACUCGUCUAAAAAGGAGGGUUCUGAUAUCGACAGUUUCACUCUGACGGAGGUGGAACAGCCGUCCUCGUUGGAAAAGGCGAAGGUUUAA